AUGAUGUUGCCUUUGGUUUUUGGGCUGUCCUUUGGAGUACUCUUUUCUGUGAUCUGCUUUGCUUUGCUCAAAUGGAAUGCUUUGAGGUACAAUCUUGCAGGUAAGGGCCUGCCACCAGGCACAAUGGGUUGGCCAGUUUUUGGUGAGACUACAGAGUUUCUCAAACAUGGAUUGGAUUUCUUGAACAACAAGAAAGCUAUGUACGGAAAUGUGUUCAAAACUCAUAUAUUUGGAAGUCCAACAAUUAUUUGCAUGGAUCCAGAUCUCAAUAGAUACAUCCUCCUCAAUGAAGGGAAAGGACUUGUUCCUGGAUAUCCUCAGUCUAUGGUGAACAUAUUAGGAAAGAGUAACAUUGCUGCAGUAUAUGGUUCUUCUCACAAGCAUAUUAGAGGCUCACUCUUGUCCCUUGUUGGUCCUCCUGCCAUUAGAGACCUACUUUUACCGAAUAUCGAUAAGUAUAUGAGAUUCUUUCUCCUCAAUUGGGAUGGAAAAACCAUUGACAUUCAAACCAAAACAGUUGAGAUGGCGUUUUUCGCGUUCUUCAAGCAGAUUUUGGAAGACGAAUCGAGCACGAUCUAUGAAUCUUUUAAGGCAGAGUUUCAUAAGAUACUAGUAGGAGCGUUCACACUGCCUAUCAACAUUCCUGGUACAAGUUACUAUCAGGGUAUGCAGGGAAGAAGAAGCAUUGAGAGAUUAUUGAUGCAAAUUAUGGAGGAGAGAAGAGCUUCAGGUUCGCAAAAUGACAUGCUCGAUCGGAUUCUAAGAGACGAGGAAAACAAUCAUAAUCUCAUUGAUGAAGAGAUAAUUGAUCAAAUAAUCACAAUUUUGUAUUCUAGUUUUGAGACUGUGUCAACUACUUCAAUGAUGGCAAUCAAAUAUCUCCAUGAUAAUCCAAGAGCUCUUCAAGAACUUAGAGAAGAGCAUUUAGCGAUUCGAAGAAGGAAAAAAGAAGAGGAGCCUAUUAUCUGGGAUGAUUACAAAAAAUCCAUGAGUUUUACUCGCGCCGUUAUAUUUGAAACAUCAAGGUUGGCUUGCGUUGUCUGUGGGAUGAUGAGAAAGAUAGCUUCAGAUAUGGACUUGAAUGGAUUUGUGUUUCCCAAAGGAUGGAAAGUGUAUCUUUUUACAAGAGAGACCAACUUUAAUCCAUUCCUUUAUCCUGAACCUUUCACUUUUAAUCCUUGGAGAUGGCUGCAGAACAAGAGCUUGGAAUCUCACAAGUACUGCCUAUUUUUCGGAGGAGGAAGCAGGCUUUGUCCUGGAAAGGAACUUGGCAUAGUUCAGAUUUCUGUAUUUCUUCACUAUUUUCUCACUAAGUACAGAUGGGAGGAAGUAGGAGAACAUGAGAUUCUGAAGUUUCCAAGAGUUGAAGCGCCAAGGGGUUUGCAUAUAAAAGUAUUUAAGUACUAA